AUGUUAUUCUUUAGUUUUUUCAAGACCUUGGUAGACCAAGAGGUGACGGUUGAACUCAAAAACGAUAUGGAGAUCACGGGAGUGCUAAAAUCCGUUGAUCAAUUUCUUAAUCUCAAGUUGGACAAUAUCAAGUGUAACAACGGAGACAAGUAUCCAUACCUAGAAGCAGUAAAGAACUUGUUUAUCAGAGGCUCAACUGUGCGAUAUGUGCACAUAAAUCCCAACUUGGUCGAUUGCACAUUGCUUCAAGAUGCAUCGAGGAGAGGCUAUGGUGCAAGCAUCGAAAUGAUUACAAGGCCGAAAUGUCUAAAGAAAUAG